UCCCGUAGUGGCUCAGCGGGGCGCAGGGGGGCGCGCGGCGCCCGAGCCCGUUAGAAGCGCUCGCCGCGACAGGAGAAACUUAAUAAUUAAAAAGAAGCCAGCUCAGUAGAAUUUUAGAUGUGGCAAUGGCAUCUACUGUAAGCGGUUCAGUUGCCACUACUGCUUCUCGUUUUGCUUUAUUACAAGUUGAAAGCGAUUCAGAGUCUGGAAAAGGAGGAAGAAGCCAAGGUGCCAGUAAGUGUCGGGCUUCAGGGGUGAGACCAACUAUGAGUGAGAAAAAAAAGAAAAGGAGAAAAAAGAAAGAACAGCAGCAGAGUGAGGCCAAUGAGCUCAGAAACCUUGCUUUUAAAAAGAUUCCUCAGAAAUCCUCACAUAGAAGCUGUCUAUCUCAGCACGAACAAAACCUACACACUGCAAUACAGAAGGACUCUCAGGAAGAAAACUGGCAGAAGUGGAGACAAAGAGAUGAGCAGCUGACAUCUGAAAUGUUUGAAGCUGAUCUUGAAAAAGCAUUACUGCUCAGCACACUGGAAUAUGAAGAGCACAAAAAGGUACAUGAAAAUGUUGAAAAUACUUCACCUCAGUCAAAGGCUGUGAAUAAGAAAGAGAAAAAAAAACAAGGAAAAGACAAACCUCUUCCUGUGACUCUGAAAAGCUUUCAGCCAGACAAUAAUAUAGAUCACAUUGCUAAAAAACAUGAGGAACAGAAUUCUUUCCAGUCUUCAUUGCGUGAUGGAGGAUUUUUCAACAGGCUGGAAGAUGAUAUUCACAGAAUACUUGAAAGAGAGAAAAGGAGAGUCCAUUUUAUUGGUUGCAGCGAAGCAGAUAACUGCACACCUGAUGAACACAACCAGGAGUGGGCUUUGAGAGAUGGAAAAAUGGAACAACUGAAACUUGAGCUUGAAAAGAAAGAUGCAGAAAUUGAGCAACUAAAGAAUACAGUAACUCAGUGGGAGGCAAAGUAUAAAGAGGUAAAAGCAAGAAAUGCAAAGCUUCUGAAGGUGAUGCAAGAAGUUGAAAUGAAAGACAAAGCGGAAAUACUCUUACAGGCUGACGAAUCUCAAAUUCUCAAAAAUGAAUUGACGUUACAGGUAACUAGACUUCAUGCUGCAUUAGAGCAAGAAAGAUCCAAAGUGAAACUACUGCAGGCAGAAUUAACAAAAUAUCAGAAGGGGAAAAAAUGGAAAAGCCAGACAGAACCUAAACAGUGCAGGACAUCAUGAAAUUCAACAAGGCCAAAUGCAACGUCCUGCAUCUGGAUUGAUUGAGGCAAUCCUCAGUAUCAACACAGACUGUGUCAUGAAGAGACUGAGAGCAGCCCUGGCUAGAAAGACUUGGGGGUCCUGGUGGAUGCAAAGCUGGCCAUGAGCCACCAGUGCGCGCUCACAGCCCAAAAGGCCAGUUGUAUCCUGGGCUGCAUCAAGAGAAGUGUAGCCAGCGCGUUCAGGAAGGUGAUUCUGUCCCUCUGCUCCACUCUCUGAGGUGAGACCUCAGCUGGAGUACUGCUCCCAGCUCUGGAGCCCACAGCACAAGGAAGGACAUGGAGCUGUUGGGAGUGCUGCGACGGGCGAGGGAAGCAAGCGGACGACUCAAUAUGAGUGAUAAAGCGAGCUUCCACUUUAUUCAAAAUCAACCCGGAUUAUAUAUCUUAACAUUCAAAAGAUGCUUUGUUAUGACCUCUACAUGAUUAGUUACUAAAAUUAUUUGUCCUGUUGAUUCAUUGUUGCUAUGCUGUUACUUUCGAGCUCUGUUUAUCUUCUUGCAGUUACAUUGCAGUUACAGUUGGGCUCAGUGUUCCAUCCUGUUUCAUUGAGAAAGAUCCACUUGUCCCUCAGAAGUUUCUUCUUAGAGGUUCCUCCUUGCAUGCUUACUGUUUUUUCAGUCCGUACCCACACUCAGAGUUUAACAAGGUUUCCAUUUAUACAAUACCUGUCUCACAAAGCUUUUCCAUUGAAUCAUGUCCUUGUUCACUUAACCAUUCCUCAAUCCAUUUCUCAACAUUCUCAUGUCCUUGUUCACUUAACCAUUUCCCAGCAUAGUGCGUCCAGAGGAGGGCCACAGAAAUGAUCAUUAAGGGCUGGAGCACCUCUCCUAAGAGGCCAGGCUGAGAGAGUUGGGGUUGUUUGAUCUGGAGAAGAGAAGGCUCCAGGGAGACCUUAUUGCAGCCUUCCAGUAUACAAAGGGAGCUUAUAAGAAAGACUUUUUAAUAGGGCCUGUAGUGACAGCAUAAGGGUCAAUGGUUUUAAACUGAAAGAGGGCAGAUUUAAAUUGGACAUAAGAAGAAAUUUUUUACAAUGUAAGUGGUGAGGCAGUGGAACUGAUUGCCAAGAGAAGUUGUGGAUUCUCCCUUCCUGAAAGUGUUCAAGACCAGGUUGGUGGGGCUUCAAGCAACCUGAUCUUGUGAAAGAUGACACUGUGUAUGGCAGGGAAGUUGGAAAUAGGUAUUUAAAGGUCUCUUCCAACUCAAAGCAUCCUAUGAUUCUUCAAUUCUAUUAUCUGUUAUUCUUCAUACCUACACGGAAUUCAGCUGUGAAAUGUAGAAGCUGACAUAUGCAACUACCUUGUAAAAAGAGUUUUCUGACCUGCUGGCUUUGAAAAGUGCCAUGUGUCAUUCUGCAGAACUUAGCUAGUAAUAAGUUAUUUCUCUUGUGCUGAGAGGCAAAGCUCCGAACAUUCUUUUUCUUCCAUGUUAACUGUCAGUGAAUGCAAAUGCAGAAUUGUUUGUGCAGCACCGAAUGUAGUACUAAAUCCCGGGACCUUAUUUAUUUUGGGUUUGUUGCUGAAGUGGAUCAUUACAGAAGUAUGAGUAGGAGCUGGCUAACUAGAAAAUCUCCAUCAGUUAUCUCAGAAAUCAGCAGAGAACACUGAAGCUGGAGGAAAAGAAGUUGGAGAAGAGACUAAGGAGACAGAGCAAAAUACCAGUGGAUCUGAAACGGAAGUCUUAACUAAGCCUUUUUUUGAACACAAUGUAUCAAUAAGCAAUUUCCAAAGGAACUUACCAGUGAAAACAGCACUUCACUGUGAUGCAGGGGAGGAAAGCAGGAAAAAACCUCUAUCAGUAAAGAUACUAUGAAUCUGUGAAGCUUUUAUAGUUAGCAGUGGAAUAAGACUUUUCUAAGAAAUUGGACACUGUAGCUAAUGGUCUGCAAUCCUUCAAAUUUCAUCAUAAUAAUUCUGGAAGUCUUCUUGUAGCUCUAUCCUGCUUGUCUAUCCUGCUUCUUAGGGGGUUUGGUGCGUGCGUUUGUUGUUUUUUUUCCUUCUAUCUUGUUAUUAGUGUGAUUCAAGCUAAAACUCCUUUAUUUGGGGAUAUGGUGUGUUUCUUCAUUUUCUGCUGCAUCACAGGAAAUAUUUACCAGAACAAGACCAAGACUUUUUUUCUCAUCAAAUAAGUGGUGCCUAUAAAUUCAAGAUGUGACUUCUUUUCCAACAUGUUUGUGUUUGCAAGCAAUUUUGAAUUAGGAAAUCUAGAAUAUACAGCUUUUCACAAAAUCUAAUCUGUCUGUUUCAAGGUGUCAUUAAAUCACUAAAUUACAUUUAGAAUGGAUAAUUCAAUGUUCUAUUGCUUCAGCUGUCUGGAAGCUAAAACCAAAAAUGAUUGACUACCUGCUAUCCUGUAAAUUUGUCUUCCUCUUUAAGUUUUAAUUUGACUAUCCUACCUAUUUGACAUAAGGUUGUUUUGUUUUCUUUCAGAAUUGUCAGUAAAAGCUUGCAUACAAGUCCAAACACUGUGAAACUAACCUGUGUUGUUCCAAGCUGCUAUAGAGUUUGACAUAAAUGAAAAUAAAUUUGUAUAAUGCUUGCUGAUUAACAACAAAAGGAAUUAUAUUAAAAUGAAACAGAAGUUGUAUUCCAAAACUGCAUGUUCGUGUCCGCAUAAAAAGCUCAUUCUGGUUUUAAGUGCUAAAGAACUAGAAACACAUUUCUAAUUUGAGCAAUGGUGAGUACAGUCCUCUGUUCAACACCACUCCCUUCUUUGCUCACCACUUGGUGUAUUAGGUGGCCCAGUAUAAAUUACACAGAAAUUCUUCCAUCAGCUGGUUUGUUCUCCACUAUGUCACUCUUAAUUAUAAAUUUUUGUAUGACUCCUGAAAAAAAAAAAAUUUAUUUUCUCAUAUCUAGUUCCUUUUACAUUUGCAAUAACUGCUAUUUUUAUUUAUAGCAGUUUCACGAGAGAUACUCCCAGUAUGUUUUCUUCUGAAAAAAUCAGCAAUUGUCUUGCUACUAUACUUUCCCACAAGGAGUGCACUUUAGACUGUGAGCGUAUGUAACUUGGCUGUAACCUGUUUUGUGAUUCUGAUUUCCUGUACCAGUCUUCAGCAGUAUUCUGUAUCUGUCCUAGUUGCUUUGAAACAUGUAAAUUGUGUAUGUGGCAACACAAUAAACUCCUUUUUUAAGAAAAAAGUUCAUUUAAAAAAAAAGUAGAAAAUUAUCAGAAUCCCAUAGCCAUAGGUGAGAAAGCCUGAAUAAACAAAAGAAAGAGAAAAAGGCUCCUAUUUACUGAACAUUACAAAUAGUUUAAACGGCUUAGGUUCUGUACUACCUUUGAAGUAGGCAGUUAAAGCAACACUUUGGAUACAAGUUUUCCAUUCUGAAAUUAGGAAUAUUAAUUAAUUUUAGGGGAAAAAAAGCUGAA